AUGGUGUCUACGUGCUCACCUACACCUCAUUCGACACCCGGGGACCCGCUCGGCAUCAAUUUCGACAUUAUGAACAAGAUGUCUGCGUCGCCACUCAGUUCUCACGAAAACGAUAAUAUGGCGAAUAUGCUUCGCUCACAAUCACCAGGUCUCGAAUUGUCGAUUGGUGAGAUCACAGUCGCGUCGGCUGUCGCCAGUGAGAAGGCUCGAAUGCGCCAACAGUCAGCCAUGCUCGAUAAAUGGUUGAUGGCCAAUGGGGGAAACCUUUACCCGUGUCGUGAAGACAAAGAAAAAUUGGCUGCACAAAUGAAGAUGACCUACUUGCAAGUAAGUGGAAGAGUGUGA